GCCAAGGGUGGGGCUCUUGUGCCCUGGAUGCCAUGGCUAUACAGCCACCAGGAGCACUGGGACUCCUGACCAGGGCAGCCAGGCCUAAGCCCUGGAGAGAGGGCCCAGAAUGGUUCACCCCUUCCAGAUCCAGGAGGCUCAGCUUCCAUGUCCUGAGAAUCCACUGCAAGCACCGGGCUUACGGUUUGACGUGCAAUAUCCCACAGAUUUAACCCUCUGAGCGCCAGAAGCUGAGUAAUUAUUACAACGGCCUGGCAGGAGAGGAGCAUGAAGCUCAGAGAGGUGGACAGGGUCUAUCUACCUGCAAGCUUGCGUUUCCACCACAGCCGCUCCGGAGACCGCUCCCGACUUUCUAUGAGAGGUGCCAUUGCUGAUCGUGGUGCUUUAGCAGAGCCUUGUUUGGUGACAGCAUGACAAGUGAGGUGAUUGAAGAUGAGAAACAAUUCUAUUUGAAGGCCAAGACGUACUGGAAACAGAUCCCACCUACCGUGGACGGCAUGCUUGGGGGGUAUGGCCACAUCUCCAGCAUCGACAUCAACAGCUCCCGGAAGUUCCUGCAGAGGUUUUUGAGGGAAGGCCCGAACAAGACAGGAACUUCGUGUGCCCUGGACUGCGGUGCUGGCAUUGGAAGGAUCACCAAGCGGCUACUCUUGCCACUGUUCAGGGAGGUGGAUAUGGUUGACCUGACAGAGGACUUUCUGGUUAAAGCCAAGACCUACCUGGGGGAGGAAGGCAAGAGGGUGAGGAACUACUUCUGUUGUGGGCUCCAGGACUUCAGCCCGGAGCCGGACUCUUACGACGUGAUCUGGAUCCAGUGGGUGAUAGGCCACCUAACAGAUCAGCACCUGGCCGAGUUCCUACGGCGCUGCAAGGGGGGCCUCCGCCGCAAUGGCAUCAUUGUCAUCAAAGACAACAUGGCCCAGGAGGGCGUGAUCCUAGAUGAUGUGGACAGCAGCGUGUGCCGGGACCUUGAGGUGGUGCGCAGGAUCAUCCGCAGCGCAGGCCUCAGCCUCCUGGCCGAGGAGAAGCAGGAGAACCUCCCAGAUGAGAUCUACCAUGUCUACAGCUUUGCCCUGAGAUAAGCCUGGGCUGGCAGGAGAAACUGAGGAACUGCAGCCCAGAUGGGGGUUGCUGGCAGUGGGUGAUAUCCAGGCUCCACGUUGAUAGUUCGGAAUGUUGAGAGGCCGCUAAAUAUACCUGUCUGCCGUCCACUCUAUACAGACUCUUCUUAAAAAGGCAAGGUGGGGCCUAUUGGGAGGGGUGCUACUGAGUCCACAGUGAGGCGAGAGCCUGGCCUUGCUGUGCUGAGGUGGGGACUGGGCGGUAGGGGCUGGGAUGCAGCCCAGGGUGCUCCAGAUGCCCCAUAAGUGGGAAUACAGUGAUCGCACCAGGAACUGGUUCCCUGGGUCUCCAGUCUCCUUGUAGCCACAGGCCUGGCUGCCGUAAGGGGAGGGGAAUGAGCCCUAACUUGGUGGUGGAGGGCUUGGACUGUGGUCUUUUCUUAGGGGGAGGAACAGAGCUGGGCUGGUGGGACUCGUGGGCGGCUGUCCAAUUGCUGCUUGUGGGAGUGUUCACGUGCCAAGCCCUGUUCAGUGAUGGGGUUCUGGUGGCCUUAAAGUGAUGGUCACAACAGCCUGCAGCAAGGGGAGAGGUCUGUGGCCUUACUCUUCACUGGGCUUGGGGCUCCUUGGCGGGCAUUUUCAGUCAGAAAUAAAAGGGGUGAGCCCUCGUACUGUGAA